AUUUGUUACAGUUGCUUCGUAUAAUUUUGCAGUUGUCUGCUAGGACUUUCUUCCUUUUAUUUUUCUUGUUUAUCAACAAACGACGUUUGUUUACGAGUCCUUUUUCAUCCGUAACGGUUGUGCUAUUAUUGAUUUUCUAUAAGCCAUUGAUAAAGCACGCUUAUCAAUAAUACUGUCUCUACUAUGGAGAGAUGAAGUAGUUUAUAACUUGCUUUUCAUUCUUAUCGGUAUUAUCGGUGGCGUUAAAUUUAUAUUGAUACUGGAGGUUUGAGGUAUUCUUUUUAUUUAAUUAUGAAAUAAGUCGGUGGAAAAGAUAGUGGAAAACAUAAAGAAGAUCGAAAAAAAUGGUGGACCGUUUACAGCAACCAGAGGAACGUCAAGCGGGUAUCAGGAAAAAUAGUCUACAAAGCUCUUUAAAUUUCGAGAAUGGUUUGGGAACAACCUGUGUCGCCAUCAUAUAUGGUGUUCUGAUAGUAUCAUCGUUCUUAGCACCACCCUUUAUUGAAAGAUUCGGAGUAAGGAAUGUACUAUUAUGUGGCUGGUUUUGUCACACGCUGUUUAUAUUGGCUAACAUGUGGCCUCAUUGGGCAACUCUAAUUCCAGCCAGUAUUCUAGUUGGUGUGGCUUCUGGUUUUAUAUGGGUUGCUCAAGGAUCUUAUGUUUCAAGAUUAGGAGUUCGUCUAUCGGAAGCCUCAUCCCUGGCCAGUGAACCGGCUAUGGGGCGUCUAUUCGCUGCUUUCUCUGCUGUUUUGGCACUUAUGCGUUUAUUUGGUUAUGUUCUUUCUUCACUAAUCCUUUACAGCCAUAAAUCGAAUGAAAAUUUGGACGUAAAUGGAACAACAACUCCCCGACCAAUAUUGAAAUGUGGAGCAUUACACUGUCCGAUGGAACAAACUGAUCAUUUCGAAAAGCCCCCAAAAAGAAUUAAAUACAUCUUAUUAGGCAUCUAUCUAGCCUUUAAUAUUCUAGGAAUAUUCAUAAUCCUUGCUCUGCAGAAUAUUGGUGAGCAAAGGGAAAACCGUCAAUCGCCGGCAUCCUUUGGUUCAGCUUUUAAGAAAAAGCUGAAGAGAACUCUACUACUCUUUCGAAAGCCUUUAAUGUCAGCGUUGUUAUGUAUUACAGUUGUUAAUGCCCUAAAUGAGGCCACACUACAUUCCUCUUUUACCCAAUCAUUUGUUAUAUGCACUCAUGGCGUUAAGAUGGUUGGUUUAGUCCUAUUGGUAACCUGCACAGUUUAUCUAGUCACCAGUCUGAUAGUUGGAUGGGUAGUUCGUUAUAUACCAUCCUCUGUGAUGGUUUUCGUUGGCUUUUGUGUUUUAGCUGCUUUUGCUUUGACUGGUCUAUUUCUACAAACUGGACCUGAAAUGUUUAGUUCGCUUCUACUUCUAUCUGCCUCCAUUGGUGCAGCUUUGGGCAUCCUACUUCCGGCUAAACAAACAUUGGCCGGAUUUUGGUUCAAGGAUAGAAAAACUGAAGCUUACGGUUUAGAACAAUCGUUCAAUGCAUUAGUUCAGUGCAUCGCCUACGCUUAUUCCAGAUAUUUAUGCAUCAGGGUGAAAUUUUAUAUCUUCCUUGGUUUCUUAUUGAUCGCUUUUGUGAUCUACACAAUUCAAGUUAUACGUAAGAAGGCGUUAACCCUAACAACCCAAAAUAAUAAUUUAGACACUACUGAAAUGAGGAGAUCCAGAUCGUUAUCGGCCAGAGAGAAUAGUGAAGCCAGUGAAGCACUAGUCCCUAUGGACAGAUAA